AUUAUAAAUGUUAUAUACUGAACGAACAAUGGUAAAACGUAUAAACGAAAGAACAGUGGAUAAAGAUUCCUAAAAUAAAAGCGUGAAAAAUGAAUGCGGAGGCCAUAUUGUGAUCAAUUACAAGCGGGCUUUUAGAAAAUGAUAAGAUACUUCACAAACAUAAAUAUGAAUCGAUUAGGAAUGCAUGAUGCUUUGAAACAAAUAGCUUUCUUAGAAGGUAAAUGGAGUACAGGCAAAGAUAAUUAUGGAUCAGGAAAUUUUCCAACAAUAAAACCAUUUACCUUUUGUGAAGAAAUCACUUUUACAUCUAUCGGCCAACCAAUGUUCAACUAUGUUGCACAGAGUUGGAAUUCUGCAUCAAAGAAACCAUUGCAUCGUGAGGUUGGUUUCAUGAAAAUUAUACCAGGAACGAACAAAGUAUCUUUAAUCUUAGCCCACAAUUUUGGUUUGACUACAAUUGAGGAAGGUACAAUUGAAAAUAAUAUUAUUAAGUUAAAAAGCACCGGAAUUAUAAGACAAAGUGAAGGAAUGAAAUUACCUAACGUAAUCGAGACAUGUAGAGAAUUCGAAAUUAAUGGAAAUUCACUUAAGCAAAUAUUUUAUAUGGCUACCUCGACUGUACCAGAGUUAACAGAACACUUAUGUACAACAUAUACCAAAAUUUCAAAAGAAUCAGAUGAAUAAAAAAAAAAAUGUAUUAUUCUAAACUUUACAAAUAAAUAGUAGUAAGAAUAAUUAGUAUUGGAACUUUUAAAACUACGUCGAACAAUUAUAUAUUAAUAUUUAUCCAAUUGACAAUGAAGGUUAUUUUGGAUACUUGCUAUGAAACAAUAUUAUACAUAUACUAAAAGCAUUUGUAUCUGAAAAACUAAAUAAUUGUCAAGCCCAUGUUUAUUAAAAAAUUUGAAAUUUUGAGAAAUAAAAUAUGGAUAUAAAUUC